CCAUAACACGCCCAGGCUUCGUGUGACAGACGACGCUUCUCUUUUUAGAUAUAAAUAUAUGACAUAGUGCGUUUAUGUUGUAUUUAUAUUAUUUUAAUUAAUUAAUAUUAUUUGCGAAAGAUAGUUUUGUUUUAUAGUUUACCGUGUUUCGGUGGAUGUGAGUGCUACGAUUUUGUGAAGAUAAUUCAAAAAAUUCAGUUUUGUGCAAGACGGUCAGUGCGGUUGGCCACACCUUUAUUUCGCGUGUUUUUGAGAAUUAUACUGGGUUUUUAUUCUGUUUCUUGAUAUUCGAUAAAAAUUCAGUUUGCAGUGUUUUGUGCUUGAGUUCAAGUCAUCAUUUUGCAGAUAUUUUGCCAGCCUGACAAUAUCAUGUGCCUUUCCUCCUAAAUCAUAAAAAGACAAACACUAUAAGAGUACUGAAGAGCGAUGAAUGUAUAAUUUAAAGUGAUUAGAAGACAUGACGCGAUUUCGUACCUUAUCCGGAAUCCUUACGAUUCUGCUUUUUGUAACGACUAAUGGGCAACAGUACCUUGAUGAUUACCAACUGCAGCAGCAGCCGCAGCAACAGAAUCCAUCACAAACAGAACUAUUAUCUCCAUCAGGAUUAGCUCCAGGUGGUCUUCCCUACCAACAACAGCAACAAUAUGGCUCUCAACAAUAUGGCCAACAACAGUUUGGGCAAGGAACCUCCGACUUUUAUGACCAAAAUCCACAACUGAAUGAGAAUCGAAACUAUAAUUACAAUCUGUAUGGCAACAGUUUAUUCGAUGGCCUGGAUGGUAUGGAUGCUAACAGCUAUUGUCCUGAAUAUUGGCUUGCCCAUCGUCAGACAUGUUACAGGUUCAUCAAGUCCCCAAGAAGAAAUUGGUAUGAUGCAAAGAAAAUCUGUCGUGCCUACAAUGCUGAUCUGGUGCACAUCGACAAUACUGAGAAGCAUGCAUUCAUCCUGAAACAGUUGUUGAUGCAAAAUCAGAAGGAGAACCGCUACUUCAUAUCGGCAAGGGAGACGGCCCCAGGGAGUUGGAUAAAUGACGAUAACAGUCAGUUUUUAAUGCUUGAGGAUUCGUUUUCCUAUGAACCUAAUAUAAACGAACGAGAGAAUCUCUAUGACAACAAGGACCUUCAGCUGAUCAACCGGAACUUCAACAAUGUCUCUCCAAAUGUUAGGAAUCCUUUUGGUCCUGUUGGAGGAGUUGUGCCCGGCACAAACCCCCUCAAUUCAAAUCCAAAUCUCAAUACAAACCCGAAUCUACUGGAUCGAACAUAUAAGGAUAAUAACCCUUUCUUGCAUGCUGACAAAACUCGCCUGGUUUACGGGUACUCAAGGAUCAACGAUCGAUGGAUGUUUAUGCCUACUUAUGACACCGAAAAUAACCUCUUCAUCUGUGAAUCAAAGCAGCUCUACAACAUAGAGAACGUGAAUCUCAAGGCUGACGACAGACGUGCCUAUGACUACGGACUGGAAGUUAGGGAUUUCAGACAGGUACCACGAGGUCCCUACUUCAUCAAACAACCUGUUGAUACGACCUUCGAUACUUCGAAACGAGCGCUGGAGAAUUAUGUAUCGCUAAGUUGCUUAGCUGGAGGUUUUCCCACUCCGACCUACACCUGGUACAAGGAGGAAUACGUGAACGACAACCUAACGUUCUUAUCGAUUGAUCCUUUAGUGAAUGAACGCUUCACUCUCAGCGGAGGAAAUCUGAUCAUACACGAUCCUACUCAGAAUUUGGAUCAAGGUGUAUACCACUGCGUCGCUGAGAAUAAAUUCGGACGAAUUAGAUCCGAGAGUACGCAUCUGAACUUCGGUUAUAUUAUGGAGUUCAAUCUGCAAAGAUCAGAGGAAAGGGCAGAAAUGAACUGGGGUAAAGCCAUGUUUUGUGAUCCACCUCAGCACUAUCCUGGCGUCAAGUACUAUUGGUCCAGGGAUUUCUUUCCUAAUUUCGUGGAAGAGGAUCAGAGAGUUUUUGUGAGUUUUGACGGUGCCCUGUACAUUUCAUCUAUUGAAGCCGUCGACCGUGCCAACUAUUCUUGCACCGUCCAGAGCUUGGUAAGCAGCACUGGAAGAAAUGGUCCUUUCUUCCCGCUACGUGUUCAUCCAAACAGUGACUAUCAGGCGCUGAUUUUUGCUAAUACAUUCCCGAAAGUCUUCCCAGAAGCACCAGUUGCUGGAGAAGAAAUUCGGCUGGAAUGCGUAGGAUUUGGCUAUCCCGUGCCGUCUUAUAAUUGGACACGUAAGGAUAGUGCAUUACCACGACACGCCUACCAGACAAGUUAUAAUCGUGUCCUGAUAAUACCGAAUGCCACGAUUAAUGACAAUGGGGAGUAUAUCUGUACGAUUGAAAAUCAUCGGAUAACAUUGCAAAAAUCUAUCUUGAUUAGCAUCCAACAGAAGCCUAACUUUACAAUACCCUUAAGGGAUAAGAUUAAGGACUAUAAUAGUGAGGUCAGUUUUAUUUGUGAAGCAUCUGCCGUGCCGGAUGUCAAUUACACUUGGUAUAAGAAUGCAGAGCUUCUGGACAUCGAGAGAUUAAAUCGAGAUCGCUAUAUAAUCCAGGAUAACUUCUUAACUAUAAAGUACCUCGAUCCGGACAAGGAUAAUGGCAUGUAUCAGUGCAAAGCAGAGAAUCAAUUGAAAGCUGUCUACUCGUCUGCCCAAUUGCGUGUUCUUACGAUGAAACCAUCUUUCAAAAAGCGUCCCUUGGAAGCAGAAAUAUAUGCUAUAGCGAAUGGUAAUACUACAAUUGUUUGUGAUCCAGAAGCAGCACCGCGACCUCGCUUCCAAUGGAAAAAGGAUGGAAAUGUCAUUGGAUCGGGUGGGAAUCGAAGAAUUCUGCCUACUGGUACGUUGAUUAUUUCUCCAACUUCACGAGAUGACGAAGGAGUGUACACUUGCGUUGCAUCAAACUCAAACGGGACGGACGAAUCACGGGCACGACUUAUUGUGUUGCGCGAACUACGAUUCACACAGGCUUUACAGCCGCGCUUGGUUUAUCAAAUCCACGACUUGGUCUACAUGCAAUGUGAAGUAACUUACGAUGAAGUCCUGGACGUGGCUUAUAUUUGGACCCACAACGGCGAAGUUAUCAAGGAGGACCUUCAAAAUCGACGAAUUAGAAUCGAAGAGAACACUUUAGUCAUAGACAACCUAACCCUUCUGGAUGCCGGACAAUACGAAUGUAUUGCAAAAUCAUCAGUGAAUCAAAUCAAAUCGGAAACUCAGUUGAUUGUUGAAGGACCACCAGGAGCUCCGGGUGGUCUCAGCGUAAUAGAAAUUGGUAAAACACGUGCCUUAAUCGAGUGGGUCGAUGGUGCUAAUAACGGUCGCCAGAUACUCUACUAUAAUAUAUUGGGAAGGACGAACUGGAACAAAACAUGGACCAAUGUUUCCAUUGGAGUCAGUGCUCAUGAAACCGAUCGAUAUACAGGUCGCCAGCGAGCCGAAGUAACAGGAUUAACACCGUGGUCUAGCUACGAGUUCAGUGUAUGCGCUGUGAAUAAUUUAGGUAUCGGUAUACCAUCAGCUCCUUCACCGCAAUAUAGUACCCUGGAUGAUAAACCUUACAUACCACCACGUAAUGUUGGCGGAGGAGGUGGUAAAAUCGGGGAUUUGACAAUUACUUGGGAGCCUUUAUUGCCUCAAGAGCAGAAUAGUCAUGGAAUUCACUAUAAAGUUUACUGGCGACUGCAUGGUGAUGAAGAAUGGGCUACUGAGGUCCUACCCGUUGGGCAAAAUGUCGGAAGGGCUGUUGUGAAUAUACCAUAUGAUCGGUAUUAUACUCAGUACGAUGUUAAGGUUCAAGCAAUCAAUAAUGUAGGAGUGGGACCGGCAAGUGAAAUAGUUACCAUAUAUUCUGCUGAGGAUAUGCCACAGGUUGCUCCACAGACACCGGUAGCGCGAAGUUUCAAUUCGACUGCAUUGAAUGUGACCUGGAGCCCGGUUGAGCAAACCCGUGAAAAGAUCCGCGGAAAGUUGAUUGGACAUCGUCUGAAGUACUGGAAGUCCUCACUGCCUGAGGAGACAUCAGUUUACUAUCUUUCGAGGACAACUCGACCCUGGGCACUCAUUGUUGGUCUUGAUCCCGACACAUACUAUCAUGUUAAAGUUAUGGUGUAUAAUGCAGCCGGUGAGGGUCCGGAGAGUGAAAGAUAUCUAGAGAGGACUUAUCGUAAACCACCGCAAAAGCCACCAUCAUCAGUUCAUGUUUACGGAGUGAAUCCUUCAACAGUUCGUGUGGUAUGGCGUUAUGUUGCCCCCACUCAGGAGGAGGAACCUAUACAAGGGUAUAAGGUCCGUGUUUGGGAAGCUGACAAGGAUAUGUCCACGGCAAAUGAUACAAUUGUUGUGGUUGGUAGUAAGCUUGAAUGUUUUGUUGAUACAUUAACACCUGGAAAGGAAUAUCAAAUGCGUGUAUUGGCAUUCAGCAAUGGUGGAGAUGGACGUAUGUCAAGUCCACCGUUACGAUUUAAAAUGGGCAAUACGCAUGCUCGUGAAUCCUCCGGUAAUGAAAUGCGGAUGAACAAAAUUCUACUAACAGGAGUUUUUGCCAUUUUAUAUAUUUAUAAAAUGGUAAUAUUUUAGCGAAAAUAUAAAAUUCAUAUCAACGUUCCAUGUUUAUAUAUAAAACCAUGCACAUUUUCACGUAUUUAUCUGGUCUGUAAAAGAGCUCAUUUUGUAAAAAUUUACAGUGAAAUUUCAAAGGUAAAUAAUUAUACAAUUGUUAUAGUAUUUUUUUUUAUAGUUAUGCUUUGUGAAUAGUUUGUUUCUAUGCGUCAUUAUCCUUGUUUUAAUAAUAGUUCAAACAUCAUUUUACAAUUUGCUGAUCUUUUUAAUCAAACCUGAUUGAUUUUCGGAGAAUUUAGAUAUUUGAAAUUGAUUUUUAGAUAUUUUUUUCCUGUAUAUAUACCCAAGGAUUGUCUCUAUAGUUCCUCAUAAAGUCAACCGGCAGAAUGAUAGCUUAGAACUGCGAAACCAUUUUUUUCUUUUUAAAUUUGAGUAAUGAAUAGAGUUUUACAUCAAACUUAACCAUUUUUUAAAUAAAUCUUCGAAAAUCAGUCAUUCUAGCCUGUAUGACGUGGUAGAUUGUUUUCAUUUGUGCAGUCCUUUUUUUAUUACGGCUUAAUUAUAAUUGUUCAUCGAGAUGUAUUUAUCAACUACAAAAAACAGCGAAUUUGAAGCAUGUUAUCAUCAGAGGUCUUGUAUAUAAGAACUGGCGAAAAACUUGUGAAACUAUAUUAACACAUCGUUCAAUAAGUCCCGGGACUAACUCUAUGAAAACAACAUUUUAUCGGCAAAAUUCUUCAUUAUUCAUCAACAUAAUCUCCUUCAAGGGUUAUACAAUCAUUCCAACGCUUCUCUAACUUUUCAAUGCCAUGUUUGUAGAACGAUUUGUCUUUUGACUUAAAAUGAGCCUCAGUAGCAGGGAUCACCUCCUCAUUUGAGCCAAAUCUGUUUCCCUGGAGCAUCGCAAAGAGCCAGUAGCCGCUGGGGGCCAAAUCUGGCGAGUACGGAGGAUAAGGAAGCAGUUGGAAGCCUAAUUCGUUGAAUUUGGUCAUCGUUUUGAUUGACUUGUGGCACGAUGCGUUGUCUUGAUGACAGAUAACUUUCUUCUUCUUCAUGUGU